AUGACCGGCUACGUCAAUCGAAGAGUCAAGGUGAUCAUUGUAAAAUCCGGUUCAAACAUGGCCGAUUACGUCCCAUCAACGGUUACACUCCCACCCUCCCUUGUCCACGAGACAAUCUACGAAGUCAAGCUCAGCACUUACUUCGGUAUUAUUAGCUCGCACUAUGAGGAUCUCGUAUCGGCUAGAGAUGGGGAGAUUGGGUAUAUUGCGAGGUAUUUGGGUCAGGAGUUUGUUGAACCAGAUGAACAGCUUGGUAAUGUUGGUGCCUUAUUCCCUAAGCGCGUGGAGUUGGAGGCUUCGACGGAUGGGACUGUUAGGAUAUAUGCUUGUGGAGGCGGGGUAUCGAAGAAAAAUUGUAUUAUCAAGCCGGACUCUGUAGAACCUGAUACUUCUGAAGUCCGGGAUGAGGACUUUUGA